AUGGCACCUCCACACCCAUACUAUGAUCUUGCAACUAGGGCUCAGGUUAUAGCCCUACGUUCUUUUGGUACGUCAAUCAAGCAAGUUGAAGAGAUAACUGGCGUGAAGGAGAGGACUCAAAGGAAGAUAAUUACGCGGGCAAAGGAGCAUGGGUACCAGCCAAAUUCAGUAGUUCUGGAUGACCACGUGAAGGAUGCGCCUAAGGCAGGUGCUCCGCGCAAGAGGAGUGCCUCCUUUGAGGAGGCACUACUUCAGAAAGUGCAGCGUGAUAGAUAUGGGAGAGAGAAAGGCACUGAGCAGCUGGCCAGGGAGCUUACUGAUGAAGGAUGGUUAGUUUCCUAUGAGACGGUA